AUGCCGCCAGUUGAUAAGGCGAAGGCUGCUGGGAUCAGCGCGAGCUCGUUCUUCGAUCUCAAGGCAGAGCUGUCCAAGAAGGAAGCGGAGUUUUCCAAGAAUAAGGCAGCAGGAAAGGCCAACGCUGUCGUUGGUGGGGUCAAGCGGGAUAACAAGAAGCUGUCGCAAUGGGCGAAAGCGAACGCCGGAGUACAAGCCCGCGCCACGCGGGAUAUCGACCUCGGGGAAAUCAGCAAGCCGACUCUGGAGAGCGCACGUGCGAUACUGGAGCGCAAGGCGAAGGUGUACGACAAGCUCAGGAAGGGGAAGAGUGGCGGUCUGGAUGACAAGCAGUACGAUGCGUUGCUGGUAGACUUCGAGCAGAAGGGUAUCGACCCAUACUUUGAGUCGGACAGCGAUGAUGAAGACGAAUCUGCGACUGUGCCGGUGGGGCCUCAGGAUGAUGAGGAUGAUCCUAUCGUGGAGUAUGAAGACGAGUUUGGUCGAGCACGCACAGGACGACGUUCCGAAAUUCCUCGGCAUCUACUACCACAAACGGACAAGGAGAAGGAAGAGGAGUUCGAUCCCUAUGUGAUAUACAACCCCGUGAACCAUUUCCCAACAUACGAGCCCUCCCAAGAACGUGUCGAGCAGAUUCGUGCCGAAUACGCCGAGGAGAACAACCCGCUCAAUGUCCACUACGACGCUUCAGCCGAGGUCCGCGCCAAGGGAGCCGGCUUCUACCAAUUCUCGGGAGACCUAGAAACUCGCACGCGGCAGAUGGAGGAGUCCCGCAAGAUACGAGAGGAGACGGAACGCGCGCGGGCGGAGGCCCGCGCGGUAGAUUUGCGCCCCGGGGAGGUGGAGGGUAUGCAUCCUAGUGAAGAGGCGAGUGCCGCGACGACGAAGAGUCGCGCAAUGGAGAAGCGGAAGCGUGAGUUGGAGGAGCGGAGGAAAGUGCUGGAGGCGAAGAGGAGGAAGGUGGGUGGCAAGGAAGAUGCGGUCGCAGCGAGACCAUCGCCCGCACCAGAAACUGGGAGGAGCACACUCGCAGCGGUCACUGCACCCGCCGCAGACCCCUUCGCGGCUCUGGAAGCUCUAUCUGGCCACGCGAAGGGAAAGAGCAAGAUGGCGGAGUCUACAUUCAAUGCUGCAGACGCCUUCCUGGCGCAACUUGAGCAGGACAUCAUUAAGGGAAAGCCUUCAUGA